UGAGAGUUCGAUAGGUCAAAACGCCAAAACCCUUCUACUCUCGUCGAUAAAGAUCGACCGUCUGUCACCUUUCUCCCUCGCUCGUGCCUCGUCCCUCCCAAAAACUCCUCUCCUCGCGCGUUCCAUUUUUGUCCGCUGCUUGCUUGUCGCACGAAGCGCCGCCGCUAGCCUUCCGGCUGCAUCUGCUUCGAUUCCCGACGUCCAUCCUUUCUUCUUGAAGUGAUAUCGAAAACGCUGGCUUAAACGCCGUCAAAGCUUCACAUGGGGACUCCUAAACUAGAUUCAGAUAUGGAGGAUUUGGAGCCAAUGGAAGGUGAAGUUAACGGGGAAUUUACUGAUUCCAAUUCCGACUCAGGGGAGGGAGAUGUACGAAAAUCGGCUAUUCCCUCUAAGGAUGCGGUCUACGAUCGAGAUGCUAUCAACGAUAAGCUUCGAGAAAUCAGCUGGCCAGAGAACUUAGAUGGUGGGAAGCCUUUUGCCAAGUCCAACAAGCAGAGACCAGGGGUAUCCCCAGGAGACAGGUCCGGGGGAAAGGGUAGAAUGGAAUCAUGGAAGGGCGCUGGUUGGUGUAAGCAGAGGAGCGAUCUCCUUCUCGUCUACGAUUACAUUCCGAACGGGAGCCUGGAUUUCUUCCUCUACGGCGGCGGCGGGCAGCGAUGUUUGAGCUGGGAGCAGAGGUUUAGGGUUUUGAAAGGGAUUGCCGCGGGGUUGCUUUACCUGCACGAGGAAUGGGAGCAGGUUGUGAUCCACAGGGACGUCAAGUCCAGCAAUGUGUUGAUCGACGGCGAGAUGAACGGCCGCCUCGGGGACUUCGGGCUAGCCAGGCUGUACAACCACAGAACGGCGGCGUCGCACACGACCAAUGUCGUCGGGACGGUCGGGUACAUCGCACCCGAAUCGGCCCGAACAGGGAAGGCGUCGACCCGGUCCGACGUGUUCGCGUUUGGGGUUCUACUGCUGGAAACGGCGAGUGGGCGAGGCCGAUUGGCAACUGCGACGGCGACUUUAUACUGUUCCGAAGAAAUGAUGCUAAUAGAUUCAGAUAUGGAGGAUGCGGAGCCAAUGGAAGGUGAAGUUAGUAGGGAAUUUACUGAUUCCGAUUCCGACUCCGACUCAGGGGAGGAAGAUGUACGAAAAUCGGCUAUUCCCUCUAAGGAUGCAGUCUACGAUCGAGAUGCUAUCAACGAUAAGCUUCGAGAAAUCAGCUGGCCAGAGAACUUAGGUUGGAUACACAAACUCUCCCUUGACAUCAACCAGGAGCAAUACGUAGAUGUAAACGAUGACCUGGCACGUGAGAUGGCAUUCUUCACACAGGCAUCAGAAGGGUCAAGGAGGGGGUUUGAGAAGAAUGAAACAAUGGGCCUUCCCUUUCUGAGGCCUCUGGACUAUUAUGGCGAGAUGGUGAAGUCAGAUACCCACAUGCUGAAAGUGAAGAGCCGACUCUUGGCUGAGAAGAGAAACAUGGAGGAAGCAGAGGAGAGAAGGAAAGCUAGGGAUUCGAAGAGGCUAGCUAAAGAGGUUCAAGCCCAGAAGCAGAAGGAGAGAGCAACGCAGAAGAAGUCGGAGAUUGAGGCUGUUAAGAAGUGGAGGAAGCAGAGGCAGCAAAAUGGGUUUCCUGCUCCUGGUGGGAAGAAGAAUGGUGAUGAGAUUGAUUUGGACUUUGGAGAUGGUUUGAAGCCGUUUGCUAAGUCCAACAAGCAAAGACCAGGGGUAUCUCCAGGAGACAGGUCCGGGGGAAAGGGUAGAAUGAAAGCAUGGAAGGGCGCUGGUAAACCGGAUAAGAAAAUAGUGAAGAGGGACCGAAAGGACUCAAAGUUUGGGUAUGGUGGAAGGAAAGGCAUGAAGAAGCAGAACACUGCUGAUACCACUGAUGAUUUCAGGGGGUUCAAGAAAGCAGGUGGCGACGCCGGGACCAAGAGGAGAAGGACGCAGUGAGAUUGGAGAAACUAAGCUAUGACAAAAACUGUCUGUUAUUGCUAUGAUCAAUAGGCUUGUCUGUCCUAGAAUUGUACUGAAAUUUUGGGGGGGUUAUCUUUAUGGUUCAGUUUCUUCUUUUGCUUAAUGAAUGAUGUUGAUGUUAUUGCCUUUCUGGUUCUAUUAUUUUGUCUCCCGGGUGCUCAUUUUUGGCGUUGUUGGUGGCCAGAUCUCUUCUGUUCUGAACUGUAGACAGCACAAAGCCUGGAGUUUUGCAGCUGCAAUGUGUUGUUCUAUCAACUAUUUCUCUUAUCCUGGGAUCAUUUCCCCUGCUAUGAAGAGGAAUAAAACAAAGGGUGGGAAAUUGCAGGAAGUCAACCAGAAUAAUGGAUCAGGAAGUUCUUUCCUCAGCACUAAUGAUUGCCACAAAGCACAUCAAAUGAUUAAUGUGCUGCGGCCUGACGGACGUGGGCAGAUUACAUUAUUAUGCUAUUACUCUCUCAAUACAGCUUGCCAGGGACGUAGCAACUGACUCCUUUUUUCACUUUUAGUUCUCUACCAUGACCUAAUUUCUUGUUGAAUUGAUCUCU